UCUGGUCGCCUGGAGGACACGGCAGCUCACCCUAGGCCAUCAAGGGCACCCCUGGACUGAACAGCUGCAAUUCCGGUCGCUCUAAAACUUUUCCCAGGAAGCGGCUGAUCCGGAUCCUGCCAUCCCUUUGAAAGAAAGCAGGCCUGGGCUAACCAAAUCACCUCCUCUCCAGGGAAAAUUCUCCGGGCUGAGCAAGAACAGCAAAAGAAAAAAAAGAGGUCCCUGCCAGCAAGAUCAGCACCCUGACUUCCUGGCAGCUCAGCAGACCGAGUCUGGCUGUAAGCGAAGCUGCCUAAUGAAUUAAUGAAUGGCUCCCCGGGCAGUGACAGGGACAGGGACGGCGUGGGGUGGGGACACGCUGUCUCUCCUGCAGCCAAAGCAGGCUCCGGUUUGCACAGAGGCGAGUGGAAAAAGAUGGCGUGGGACCCAAAUACUCGAAGCCCCCUUUGUCCGUUUGGAGGGUCCCCGUCUGUCCUGCUCUGUUACUCCAGCACUGCCUGGAGUCAGCUAAUCCAGGCUACCACAGAACCGCCCAAAAAGAAACCAGCUCCUGUCACGUCGGAAACCGUGGUGAUCUGGGGCCUGCGCCUUUGGCAAGUGGUUGGAAUUUUUGCCAUUUUUGUCCUGAGUGUUAUUAUCACCCUGUGCUGCAUCUUCAAGUGCCGGAUCCCCAGGACCAAGAAGGAGAUUGAAGCCCGCUACGCCAAGCGGCAGGCUGCGAAGAUGUACGCAGACAAGCUGGACACGGUGCCGCCACUGAAUGAACUGACUGAGAUCCCAGGAGGCUCCGCCGAAAGCCUCCCGACCCUCUCCGGCCAGGUCGACGCGCGGCUGCCCGCCCCGCCGCUGCCGGCCGUCCAGGAAGAAGAGGAGGCGGCGGGAGACGCCCGCUAG